AUGUGUAAAAGCAAAGCGAAGGGGUAAAAGUGCUACAUUAUAUAGGGUUAUGAAUUAUGCAUCACUAGGCUUAGAUUUAUUUAAGUGUAUACCAUAUUUAGCUCUACUGCUUAGCAUUUUGCAUUUUUUACAAGGAGAUAUAUCAAGCUAAGCUUGAUAAUUGUUACAAGAAUCGUGAUCAAACAGAAGUUACCUUGA